AUGUCCACCAGUGACGGAGAGCGAUCGCCAAAGCGUCAGAGACUAGAAUCAUAUUCACCAGCAAGUCCACAACCGACCGUCGACACGAGACACUUCGUGCCGCCGCAGACUCCACCUCCGAGUGUGCGAAUGUCUCCGUCAUGGACGGCGCACACACUACCCGCACAGCCGACCGGGAGUGGCACAUCGACUACGUUUCCGACACCGCCGAGCACGGCUGGAUAUCUUGGGCACAUGGCAGGACGAGGCGCAGGUAGUGAGGGAGGUGGAGAUAGUGGGCAUCAGACGCCUGCGGGUGAAGAUGAAGGCUAUGCGAGGCGGGAUCAUGACGGUGAUGCAGAGAUGACGGAUCGGCCAGAGAGUGGAAAUGACGGCGUGUCGAGUGUGGAUGCUGAGCACAGAAGGACUGAUCAUGAAAGAGAAGGGGCAGGUGGAGAUAUAACAGCGCCAGUUCCAGGCGCGGGCGUGCUCUAUAAACUCUCCACGGCCCCUAUAGCAAUUUCGCGGCCGCAUCCGAGCCAAGAUCUCAUCCAGCUGUACGACUUGAAGCGCAUACAAGCCGCAGUGGCCCGCAGGGAUCCAGUCACGGGCGAGAAGAUCAAUGUGUUGCGAAAGUCCUACGCGAACAAGGUUAAGAAGCUCGGACUCGAAGGACUGAAUAAGGCCCAGAGCAAUUUGCAUGAACUCGAAGGACUACUCGAUCCGAUGUGGAACAAUGAUGCCGGUAAUGGCGCAACCCUGUGGGAGAAUCACUGCGAGCCUAUGCGGAUGGACAAAGCGGAUGUGCAAGAAGACCUGCUUAACAAGCUGGAUGACGCACUACGGAUGAAGCCAGGUCGCCUGCCGGCCAAAGAGCACGAGCAAUGGAAAAGCAUGUUGGGCUUGGACGAGGCAAUCGCACCUGCCGUCGCGACGAAAGGUGGGAACACACCGAAUGCGGCGAAGUUGUCAGGGACGAGUGCUUUCGCAAAGACGUCUCCUGGUGCGGGUGCGCGGAACUCCGCUCCGGCCUCUCCUAGGAGCCUAUCGAGACCGGAUCGAAGCAACAAGCGGCGCCGAUACGACGACACCAGCUACGAGGGCUAUCAGCAGGGUUUCGAAGACGACGGCUAUAGCACAGGCGGCGUCGACGAUACUGGUCGGCGUGGCAGCGGGGCCAAGCGUCAGAAGCGAAAGCCGCUUCAGAUUUGCGAUCAGCAGACCAUCGGCAAGUUCUCCCGCCUCCAAACCGUCCCACGACUCCAAACCGUUUCAUCGUUGCCCAUGUCAGCUUUUACGUGUGGCGCGGUUACUGACAUGUCCCAGCAGGACUUUGCUUCGAGCGCUAAUUCGCCUGCUUUUACGAACGGUUCCGGCAGCAAUGGCAUGGUCGGACGAGCAGUGUCGUUCACAAUGCUUGUCUACGGCGCAUAG